GCGCCGAUAAAAAGGCGGGAGCGAACCCGAGGCGCCGGUGCUGCGGGUCGUGCCUCCGGACUUGCGGUGUGGGGCGCUCUCCGACCGCGCCUGGGCCGUGUCUGUGCCUGUGCUUGGGCUCCUCAGGAAGGCGGCGACACAGACUGUCGAGGGCCCAGAGGCUCUCGAGGCCUGGAGCUGGGAUGGCGUUGUGGCCGCUUCGAGUCUACACUCGCAAGAAGCGGGCGGGCCCGAGACUCAACCUAACCCCGGCGCUAGACCUAGGCCCACCCGCGACCAGCGAGGCCCCGCCGGGCCCGGGCCCCAGGCCUCCCACAGCGCUUCGCGGGGCGUGCCCGGGGCGGGCUGCGGGCUGCGGGCGCAGGGGCCUCGGGCCCGGAGAGUCCCAGGGCUUCCAGGGCUGCUGCCCUCAAACAGGCCGCGCUUUCACAGGCCCGACGGGAAAAGGCAGAGAGCGCGGCUUGCCGGAGAUUGCCGAGAAGGCCGAGUGGGGCGGGCCGGGAGGUGGCGGCUCCCAGCCGCCAAGCACUAAGGUAAGAGAUGCAAGAAAGAAAAGUCUGUCAGAAAGUAACACUUGCGAAGAGACCCAGAACGAGAUUGCUCCAUGGAGCGAGUCAGUGACUAAUGACCUCCAGGUUGACAGUAGUUCAUCAAAUAGUGAGCUAGUAUCAGGAUCAAGUUUACAACAUGAUACUUCCAGUUCUCUUCUGAGCUAUUCAGCAACCGAGUCUUAUACAGAAUACAACAGUGUUGAAGAAAAUUUAAGUAGCUUCUCGUCACCUGAGCUGUUCAGAGGAUCAAGUUAUUUGGAUUGGGAGUGUCCCAAAUUGACAGAACAUGUGCAAUGCAAGAAUUCCACCCUUCUGGACACCAGUAAAGCAGUAGGAAUAGAAAAGGUGUCAGAGUUUUCAAACCUCUCUGCAAUUUUGGAUAAUGCAGAUUGUGAGGUUUUACUUGCUGAGAAAAUUUCCCCUGCAACCUCUGAAGAAACAAAGAAAAAUCUUGAAAACGAUUUAGAAGAUAGAGAUACAGACAUUCAGACAAAGUUAAAUCAUCGUGCACACAUCGACAUUGAGUUAUCCCACCAUAGGCCUGCUCUUGGAAGCAGUGCACAUAGCUCAGUCACUGGAGUUCUGCUGCCUCAGCCCCUGGCGCCUGCAUUGAAAACAAAUUCUUGUAUUCCUAAUAAGAAAAGUAGAGGCCUGUUAACAAGUACUCCAUCUUCAGAGGCUGCUGGUUUUGUGAUUGAUUUGUCCCCGGUGCAAAAAGCAUCUUAUGAAGAACUACUCCCAAGUGUCAGCAAUUGUGUUAAUUCAGAUGAAAUUGUUCCUGUGUCAGGUUUGCAAGAAAAUUCUUCAGAUGAGUUUCCUUCUAACAGGCCAGAAAUCUGUUGUAUUAUUAAGGCAUCACCAGGAACUAGAAAAAUGAAAAGUAAAGGUGUUACUAUAAAGAAGAAGAGAGAUUCUCCUCCUCAAGAUAUUCCUCAAGAUAUUAUAAUAAAAACAAAUGGCAGGAUAUAACAGAUGUGGCUGAAAUUUUACUACUUUGAAGAUAUGAAUGUGAAGUCAAAGUCCUUAGAAGCAUGUCUACAUGAAAUUACAUGAAAUGUCUACCUGAAAUUAUAUGAAAUUAAAAAUUCAGAAUUCUCCAA